AAAUUAGUUAAAAGCGGCUCGUUUUUCACAUUAGAUCAUCAUUCGAGAUUUGUUUCAAUCACAAAUACUCAAAAUGUUGUUCCGAAUCUUACUUGUAGUCGCUGUAACUUUACUUGUAAACAUUUCCGAAAAUUCGGAAGUGAAUGCAAGCGCAAUUGCCAUAAGUGAUGCGGAGCCCUUAACAGAUCCAAUCGCUGGAGCAAAUCCAGAACCAAUUGCUGAACCCGAAAUUUUUAACCUUUUCCGUCGUAAAAAAGCAACAACAGCAGCAUCAACUACAACAAAUAAAAAGCGCAUCACGUACAUUAUCCUUCCAGCAAAGAAAACAAGUAGCAGUGGUGGUAAACGACAGAAACGCAGAUGCAGACGACGAUCAACAACGGUUGCAAGUACAGCUAGCACAAGUACGGCUAGCACUGUCUCGACCGCAAGUACAGCUUCAACAGCUUCAACAGCAUCCACAUAGGAAGCAUCAUGAGCUUCAAAACUUGCUCAGCCAAAUGGAACAGCAAUUUUUCCGAAACUCAGAGUCAAUUGGAGAAAAUACAGCUUUUAAUAGGAUAGCUUUUAUUUAUUUCAGUUUUUCUUUGCAUAUGUUAACUUUUUAGUAAAAAUUCAAUAAAAACAGCAAACUUAUGAAAAUGGA